CCAUGAAGAAMAAAUAAGGCUUUGAUUGGUUUGAUAACUUUGAAAACAGGGCAGCAAUCCAAAGACGACACCCGAUCGCCAAGCCAGUAUCCACUGCAAUGCUCCGCCCAAAUACUCUACCUGGGACGAUAGGAGCCCUUUUCCCACUCCUGGUCUCGCUACACGGCAACCAGCUCAUGCCGACAGCAUUUGCACUUGCGGAUAACUCGGUACCSCUGCUAGAGUGCGAGCUCUACCUCGCCGACAGCACUAUUCCGGGUGCCGGGAUCGGUAUUUUCUCGGGCGUUUCCAAGUCCCAGGGUGACUACAUCGGCAACGGAGACAAAGCGAUUCCUCUGGUUGAUACCUACUGGCACAACGGAUAUCUUGGSUCAARCUUUUUCAACCCGACGGCAGACUACGUCUGGGACGGCACGUCGAUGGGGAUGCGCCUUGAGUUGUUCGAUGAAAAUGACGUCAGCGCAUUUUGGCCCGGAAUCGACGCCAUGGUGAACUGCCACUCGGGAUUGCUGAACGUCGAAAAGGCGUCGCCGGURUACGACGAGGGUGGCAUCCAUAGAUCUAGGCACCACGGAGCCGGAGGCGUAUCGCCCUAUGAUGCGGGGGAGACCGGGAGCUAUGUUUGCCGRGACAUCCCCGUCGGGGGGGAGCUGUUCAAAUCCUAUGGGGACMAKUGGUUCCUCGGCCGCGAGCAGCUGGGCCCAAUCCCGGUCAUACAGAACUACGAGGAGGCAAUUCGCCUGAUGCAGAUGCUAKCAAACGAAGACAAGUCCGCGACGGUCGGUAUCCCGGUGUCCGAAGUGUACGAAAUGCUBGUGAAGCCGUUCAAGGAGAUCUGGAAUUCCCGGACGCUGAACGCCUUUUACGAUUUCUCGUGGGAAGAGGUCAAGGAAGCUGCGGCCGCCGGUGACAUUGGUAUUCAUCUGCAGGGGAACGCAACCCGUUCGAUCGAUUGGCUCAACGAAAAUGGCAAGUGUCUAGACCACAUCGUACACAAGCGGAGCACCGUCGACGGAGCGGGGUAAGUGAUUGUUGCGUUGCUGCAUCGGUUCGAAUUGCGRAGGAGAUCCAUGAAAUUUGAAAAAACAAUGCAACACUGCGUCGAUAGCCCGCAAUACUCAUUUUUGAAUUYUCCACGAAACUCUGRUUCUUGUUUCUCGUGCGUCSUCUUGGUUUCGCCUUCCCCGRUAGUGCCGGAGCAUUUGCAAAGCGCGAUCUGCCKAAAGGUACCGUCGUCACGGGAACACCCUUGCUUCUUUUYCCCGACAAAAAAUGGUUUGACAUGUAYGAUUUCAAGUAUUGCUCCGAUGGCWCUAUGGGCAGAGAUCUGUCCAAGCCUCCUUACGGRCAGCAGCUGCUGUUGAACUAUUGUUUCGGUCAUCCGGAUACCAAUGGUGUUUUGUGUCCCUACGGAAUUGGUGUYAAUUACAUCAACCACGACAAAACUAGAGCCAACGUCGAGGUUCGAUGGGGGCAGGACGGGGUCGCGGGCCACUUUGACAAGUUUCUGGACGUCYCGCUCGCCAACGUCACMGACUACAGUACGAAGGUYGCCUUUGACUACGUCGCCACCCGGGACAUUGCCGAGGGCGAGGAAAUCUUCCUGGACUACGGAGACGCCUGGGAAGAAAAAUGGAACGCCCUCCGCGACGAGUGGCAGACCUUCGAGGAUCGCUCCCACCUGGAUAACUAUGUKUCGGCGGCGCAGUUCAACGAGAUCCACGAACACGACUAUCUCCUGGUGCCGAAAGAACUCGAGGCUAAAGAAGAGUACCCCUAUCCCAAUAAUCUUUCGCUGAGGUGCCACCACGUGYUGAACGAUUACUCAACAACCUUCGAUGGAUCUCUGGRAGACUUUGAARACUGGAGCRACUGGUWYGGGGACAACACGGGGUACCUUUGCGAGGUUUUGGAGCGCAGCGACGACAAUCUCUCCUACGUCGUACAUUACAUCAUAGAUGAUCGUGAUCGUGAUCGUGCCGAACCCAUAACAAUCUCCAAUGUCCCCAGAGAAGCCAUGAAGUUCUUCGACAAUCCAUACAGUAAGUUUAUUGCGUUUUUUGUUUCUCGUUCCGGCGAGGYUGGAUCGGAACUCCAUUCCYGGGCACACCCGACUCACCAGCGUUCUCGCCUCCCCGCAUCGUUCUUUGCUUGGGCCCUUUCUCGCAUCCGGCACGCACAGCCACGGACCUGCACAUGUUGGGUGCCUUUCGGCAGCCCAUCGGAAUCCCAGACGACCUGCUGCCGGAUGCCUGGAGGAAGACGGCUUCCGACGAGAAAGCCGACGAGGUACCCGAGACGCAAARCGACAUCUGGUGCCGGAGCGUCSAAUCGGACUACCACAGCGGUGCUUCCAGMGRAGAAGAAAACAAAGAAAACGGCGACGAUGGCAUUCCCGGAACCACCACCGACGACGACGACUACGUCUACGACAACGACAACGACGAUGACGACGACUCGGUCCAGCUACCCGAGCCGGUGACAAACCGAUUGCAUCGCCGCCGACGCAUCCAGCGCAUUAUUCGGGGCACUUGAUAACACAAUAGACGCUGCUUAUGACU